AUGCAAAAUAGAGGACCUGAUGAAUGGCUGGAAACGGUUAAGAAAUGUCAAUCUUUGACUGAAAAUGAAAUGAAACAGUUGUGUGAAAUGGUGAAGGAGCUUUUGAUGGAAGAGAGUAAUAUUCAACCGGUGCAAACACCGGUGACUGUAUGUGGUGAUAUUCAUGGACAAUUCCAUGAUCUCUUAGAAUUGUUCCGUACAUCUGGUGGAUUCCCCGAUACGAUUAAUUAUAUAUUCUUGGGGGAUUAUGUGGAUAGAGGUUACUACAGUUUGGAAACGUUCACCUUAUUAAUGUGUUUAAAAGUUAAAUACCCAUCUAGAAUUACAUUAGUCAGGGGGAAUCAUGAAUCUAGACAAAUCACCCAAGUUUACGGUUUCUACGAAGAAUGUCUAAAUAAAUACGGUUCUACCACCGUGUGGAAAUAUUGUUGCCAAGUUUUCGAUUUCUUAACAUUGGCUGCUAUAAUUGACGGUAAAAUCUUAUGUGUACAUGGUGGUCUUUCGCCUGAAAUUAGAAUGUUAGAUCAAAUAAGGGUUUUAUCCCGAGCACAAGAAGUCCCUCAUGAAGGAGGGUUUUCAGAUCUCUUAUGGAGUGAUCCAGAUAACGUAGAAGCCUGGCAGGUUUCCCCAAGAGGUGCAGGUUGGCUAUUCGGUAGUAAAGUUGCGCGUGAAUUCAACCAUGUCAAUGGAUUGAAUCUAAUUGCUAGGGCGCAUCAACUGGUCAUGGAAGGGUUCAAAUACCACUUCCCUGAAAAGGACGUCGUUACGGUUUGGUCAGCACCUAAUUAUUGUUAUAGAUGUGGUAACGUUGCCAGUGUAAUGAAAGUGGAAGAAGAUUUAGAGCCAACAUUCAAGAUAUUCUCAGCUGUACCAGAUGAUUACAUUCAAGAAUCCGCCACUACCGCUGCUCCAACCAAUCAAAGAGCAGGCUAUUUCUUAUGA